AUUUCACCAGAAGCUAAAUUUGCCUCCUCUGUCAAAGAAUACAUAGGGCUAAACAGUCUUUUCCGGGUUAUAAAAAGUUGUUCCCGCUACAACCGGCUCGUUAUGCUUGAAUAAUAAAGAGACUUUUGCAGAGAUUGUACUGUGCAGGAAACCAUGACAGAAACAGCAGAUGAUCAAGUGGAAGCACUAAGUGCAGAUGUUUGGUCAUGGCGAUUAGCCGAAAGCCCAGAACUUUCAACAUUCUGUGGUGUUCAUGAAAAUGAUGAUCAGCUGGAUGACAUCAGUGAAGAAGCCUAUAUAAAGAGAGAAAAUAUGGUACAGGAGUUUCUGAAGAGGGCAGAAAAGAUUGAUAUUAGUAAGACUUCUAAGCAUAAGGAAAGUCUUCUUCUGUUGAUUGAUCAGUUACAAGAGUACCUGGAUGGUGCCCCAUUUAAGUGCUACUACUUUCCAGUCAACAACAUUGAAGGUGUGCACACAGAUAUGAUGCACACUAUUGAGUUUAUGAAAUUUAACACAGUCCAUGACUUUGAGGUUUAUGUCUCCAGGCUUGAGAAACUCCCAAAAAAGAUAGAACAAACUGUAGAUGUUCUGCAGAAAGGUAUUGAAGCAAAAAUGGUGAUGCAUCAAUACAGUGUGGAAGAAGUUCCUGCUCAGCUGGACAAACUGAUCUCUGCGCCUGUAGAUGAGCACCCAUACCUGAAACCUUUCAAGGAUAACAAAACUGUAUCAGACGAAGAUUUGUCAAAAGUGAAGACUCGUGCCCUUGAUGUUUUGUCAUCUCUUAUUGUUCCAGCAUUUCAGAAUAUGAAACAGUUUAUUGUAGAGAUUUAUUUCAAGAAUCUACGAAGCAGCGAAUGUGUGUGUUCACUUCCUAAUGGGCCAAGACUGUACCAGCAGUGUCUUAACUUUCAUCUUUCCUGCACCAUGUCUCCCAAAGAAAUACAUGAGCUUGGUUUGCGUGAGGUAGAACGAAUCCGACAGCAAAUGUCCCUUCUUGCAGAGAAAGAGGGGUUUGGAAGCAUUUUUGAUUACACAAAGCACCUCAGCACCAAAGAUGAGAAUUUUUCAAGUAAGGAUGACAUACUGCUAUAUAUCAAAGAUCUCUGCCACAACAAAAUCCGACCCAAACUGCAACAUUUCUUUAAAAAUUUGCCAUUAGCUCCAUUAAACAUUGUUCCUUGUCCUGAAGUUAUGGCCACUUCUCCUGCAGCAUUCUACUAUUCUGGCACACCAGAUGGAUCACGAGCAGGAAUUUAUUACAUCAAUUUACACCGGAAAUUGUCAAAAUACACUCUUACUUCUCUUAGUCUUCAUGAAGGAGAACCUGGUCAUCAUUUGCAAAGUGUAUAUGCCAUGGCAGAGAAAACACUUCCUGACUUUCGAAGAUUUAGUGAAGAUGGCAAAUCUUACCUAGCACCCAGCAGGUUUUCAUCCAACACAGCAUACAUAGAGGGUUGGGGUCUGUACAGUGAAGCAUUGGGUGAAGAAAUGGGUGCUUUUGAAAACAGCGACACACUAAUGGGUCGGUAUCGCCUUGAAAUAUUCAGAGCAGCUCGUCUUGUUGUUGACACAGGAUUGCUUUUUGGAAUAGAACAUUUUAACCUUGGCAAGGUAGCAUACACAAAGCAAGGUAAACAGGUACAGCGAACUUCAGUUCAUCAGUUGGACACUUUUGCUACAUCCGUGGGAAAAGAGAAAAACAUUUUUCCUUCAGCUACUCAGUCAGUCACUCACUCACCCACUUCCACCUUCCUUGCCAUGAACAAUAAGGUAGUGUCUCAUACUUAUGCAUGGUCGAUCCAUGACAUCCAUGAUUACCUAAUUUCAAAAGUUCCAUCUUUUAAGUGUGACUUUCUUCUUCAAUUUUGUAUGCAUGUGAUACCAAAUGAAAAUAUUCUUUUCUUUGUCAUUUUGCAUGCCAGCUGGAGUCAACAGAAAGCUGUUUCUUACCUAACAGAUCAAAUGUGUAGUAGCUUUGAUGAAUUACUAUCUGAAGUGAAUCGAUACAUCACCUGGCCAGGGCAGGCAUGUGCAUACAAGGUUGAGCUUAAGAUAUGGGAGCUGCGGCACAGGGCAGAAGAGGAGCUUGGAGAUGAAUUUGAGCUUGCAGAAUUCCACGAUACCAUUCUGCGGUGUGGAGCUGUGCCUUUACGUGUUUUGCAAACCAUAGUAGAAGAUUACGUCAAGAACAAGAAGAAUCAGCGGUUGGCUUGUGAUGACAACUCAGUAGAGGGUCAAGACAAUUGUGAACUAAAUUCAGAUAAAUGAUCAAUGAAUCUGUUAACUAUUUUUCAUUGUUAUUAAUAGUUAUUAAUAGUGUGUGGUUUGGCAUAAAACUGCUGUACACUGGCUCCAGAUGAAUAAAAAUUGGCAGCCAUUUCAUGCUGUUUUCACAUUUAACAGGAACUUCAGAAGCAUGAAAUCUAGUGGUUUGAAUAUUUUUGAAAGUUUUUUUUUUUUUAGGUCUUGUUAUGUCCCCAUUGUCUUUGAUUAGACAUAGAUCCUUAUAAACUGUAAUAAAGAGUUGUAUCUGUUGUUUAAUCAGUAAUUUCAGAUUAAUAUAUCAGUAAUAUUUCAGUUCAUUAAAAGAGAAUUGUCAUACUGCUAGUAUGAAAAUGUUCUUCAAAAUCUUGUAUCACUGACAUUUAUAACUAAGUCUGCCUACAAACUUCUGGUAAAUCAAGCUGGAGUUAUGAACUAUGUAGCAUCAGAGAAUGAAAUAUGGAGCUGUGGGAAGCAUUUUUGCACAGUAGCCUGACUAGUAUUUUUGUUUUAAUUCCAUUUGCCCGCCUGGGCUGCUCAUCUAUUAAUCAUUGUUUGCCUUUCUAGUUUUUUCUGUCAUAUGUAGGUAAUACUUUAGCAGUUUGGUUUUUUGUUUUUUUUUUUUUUUUUUUUUUUUAUAAAUUUUAUUUCUGAUUUAUGCUGGUUAACAAAGGAUUCAUGGUGUUGAUCAAUGCCAGUGAAUUUUUCUUUUUCCAAAUCUGUUGUAUGUUAUCCUUAACUGCUAGUUGGACUCCAUCAGGGGCAUAAUAGGACCAGGUGGACAUCUUCAGAUUCAGGCCCACCAUCGUUUCUAUGCAUGUAAAGUAUGCAUCCAUUUCAGAAAGUGACCAAACAUGUUUUGAAGUGCACAAAUUUCCCCUCUUAUGAUGUUUUUGUUUACUUUAUGGUUUAUUUUGGAAUAUUUUUGAUCCUUGAGUAGUGUGGGAAGAGUCGAGCAGAAAUAAUUUGUCUUUCUUUGGUUUGUGAUGGUAAGCUUUUUUUCCUUUUAUAGUGCAAAGAUGGACUCUGGCUUCUGAUUUUGUGAUAUCUUUGUGGCAGAUGUUGAUAAUCUCCCUGUGUUAACUUGAAUCCUAGAUUUACGGCAUCACUUCACCUGGUCUAGUUGCAUCUUUUAGCUUUGCAAGGCAGCUGAUUUUAUUUCUAUUAUGCAAUAAGUGGCAAAUAAUAUUUUCAAGUAAUCAUAUGUUUUCUUCAGUUGUAUUAAUUCACUGUUAAAAUACUAAUUACUCUUUUUUAGAAUAGUUUCGCCUCAAAAUUGUUUAAGACCCAUGAUUAGUUCACACAAACUAGCCGUCCGCUCUUGAUGCAAGGCCAUUUCAAUGGCACAACAUUGUGCAAGGGAAAUAAUUGUGUGCAAAGUUCUGCAACAUGUGUGAUACAAGGCACCACAAACAAGUUCAUGUUACACAAACAUCUUAUAAGUGAGGACUCCUAUGAUUAAAAGUUACACUAGACACACAGUGCUAAAAUAUAAAAAAAUUCUGAGAAUGGUUUAAUUUCUGGUGGCUUUAAAGAUAAUUUUUAACUUAGACAAAAAGGGGGUAGGGGACAAUCAGGAGAGUUAGUGUUUGGUUUAACCAAGACUUGUUAUCUUUGUUAAGAUAGAGGCUAAAUAAUGAAAUUACACAGUAGAGAGCAAGGCAAAAGACGUCGGAACCACAUGAGCCCAACUGAGGGGUCUGCCCAAAACUGGGUCCACUGGCAAGGUGUUGAGGCCCUUUGCUCCUUGAGGAGUAACAAGGAAUAAACUAAUUAUAUAUACCGUAUCUUUUAUUAAAGCCUUUUUAUCAUUUGCUUCUAGAGUGUUCUGUCAUUUGACUCUUGUAGCCUUUAUAAUUAUGCUUAACAAGUUUGGAGAGACUUCAGUGAAGUGCAUUUAUUCACCAAGUGUAGCUUUACAUAAAAUAGAUAACAGCAAUCGAAUUUUAAAAACCAUUUUUGCUUCUAAUAGGUCAUGCUUACAUCCAAUAAAAUUGUGUCGACAAAUACAGAUUUGUGCAGUACAACAUGAAAUAUUUAAUACCAUCAAGUCACCAUCCAUUGAGACUGAAUCCCAUGGACUUUUUUUUUUUUGAGGCAGGACAUGAGUGCCUUAUAGCAGGUGCUAUUUUCAACUGCAGAGAAUUUUUUUACAGUGUCUUUGACAUUCAGUUUAAUGUUUGCAUAUAUUCUGGGUAUUAGAAUUACUGCAUUAUUUAAUCAGCUUUGUCACCCCAGUGUAAAGUGCACAUUUCUUAACACAUUACUAAAAUGUUAUUUUCUUUCACUGCCUUUUAGAAUUACAUGUUGGCAAAGGAUUUAAUUAUUUAGUUUCUUUCCCAUUAUUUUUUAUCAUUAAAACUGUUGUCAUAUGUUGUUUGGUUUGUAUGAUGAACUGAUAAGAAUAAUGUUCAGUUGUAAUGGUGUGAUAAGUCUAUGUCCAUAUUUGCAAAUACACAUUACCCUAUAACCUUUCCAUGUUUGCAUUAUUUAUUGCAGUAGUGAACACACUUUUUAUCAACAUGAUAAACAUGUCUUACGGAAUCCAGCAGUUCUGUGAAACAAGCAUUAAUUCUGCAUUACUCAGUAGUACAAAGUACAUUGUAUGUUGUCAAUAUCUUAAUCCUUCAUUCAGCUGAACACUACCCACCCUUACUUAAUGACUUACCAAACCAAAAUCUCAAUGUAUUGCAGAACACACAUCAACAGGGAAAACAGAAUUCAGAGUGCAUUUUUAUUGAAAUGCAUACAAUAAAAGAUUUGGUAUGAGCCCAUGUGAAACUGCACAAUGUUUGCGACUUUCACAUUUACAAUGCAUUUACCUACUACAUCCGCUCACAUCACCUAUGUACUGUAAUACAGAAGUCUUAAACAUGAAGGAACUGUAUUCCAAGUAUGACAGUUUAAACUCGCACUACCAAUCUUUUUUUGUUUUGACAAGAAGCAAAUAGUCUUGUACUAUUAACUGAUAUAUGCAUGUGAGAAAAGCCCCACAUUCUCCAGGAAUUUUAACAUCUGAUUAUGUCUUCAAAAUUAAGUGGGAGGGAAAUAAAGCAACUGUACAACAGCAAUUCCACUUGUAUUUAACACAUGAAACCACUUGACUGUAGGGUCAUGAAGUUUUUAAAGGUAAUUUUGUCCUCAGAGUUAAAAUUCUCUAUAUAAGGCGUCAUCUUAUUUUUUAAUAAUAUGCUUUUUACAUGUCAUUGUAUGAAUUUUUUCUACAUUGUAGGAUUUUUAAAAAUUUGUCAUAGUAACAUAAUGUAUCUAGAUUUAAAAAAAAAAACCCUUGUUUCUAUUGACUAGUCCAUUUAAGAAGGUUACAUCUCCUCCCACAACUACAAAUCUUUUGGAGGGGAAAGAGUAAGGGACACCAAUUGAGAAUGAUGCUUUGACAUCAAAGAGAGAUGAAAUGAGAGACAAAGAAAGACUACUGUAUACAAGGGAGAAAAAAAAAUUGCAAUCCUGUAAUGUCACAUUAGAUUACCUUUUAAAAACAGAUAACCCUACCAGCCUUACUAACCACAAAAGGAGCUAUCCUGAAAACCUACCGUGACUUUAUAUCUAUAUAAAAAAGAGUAGGUAAAGACAUCAAUGCCUUGAUCUUCAACGCAACAUGUCUAAACACAGGGAAAGUGGUUAAAUAAUGGUUUCCAUUUUCUGAAAAUUUCACAUGGUAUGUCUUCAUGCUUCCCAUCUUGACUAAUCAAAUUUCUCUAGGUGGACAAAAAUAAAUCCACCACAUAAAUUAUGAAACCUGUAGCUAUUACAUAGAUGACGUAAUCUUGGCUUCUGUGGAGUAUUUGACAACUCCCUUUGGUCCUAAGAUGUGAACAAUUGGUUUCAGACUGAAGAGGUGACAUGCAUUCCAUUCUUUAAUCCAUUAACAAAUGCAUUUUCUCAACUUAUGCAUCAUAUCUUUCAUUCAGAGAACAUAAUGUAUGGGACAGAUCUGCUGGCUAAUUCUGAUGUAUCACUGUUCCUCAUUUACCCUGACUAGUUCAUACUUAAGAUCACAAUCAAUCUUCUUCUAAUGAAACUGUUAUUGACUUCUAGAGCCCAUAGUUAUAAACUAGAGGUACAUCCAUACCAAGUUAAGUUUAGUCCUUGUUACUCCUCAAGGAGCAUAGGGCCGCAACGACACCUCGCACAUCCAUACCAAAGGGUUUGCUUAAUACAACCUUCUGUAGAAAAAGAUUGAACCAUAUGCAAGACAGGAAUCUCCUAGAUCAGAGAUUCUCAACCUUUUUUGUGACUGUACCCCCAAAAGGUAAAUGCCAACUAGUACCUCUAGCGCGUAAAUUCGCACAUAAAAGUACUUAUUUUCACAAUGGUGUGUGCUUAUUUAUGUUGCUGCAUAACCCUUGCCAUACCCCUAGGGGUAUGUGUAUCACCGGCCGAGAAUCGCAGUCUUAGGUCAUCAGUGUGUGUUUCCAAUUUUAUGACUUCACAAUGCUUAAAGUCUGUAGCUACCCUUGGGGUAAGGAUACCUCUGCUUCAAAACUACAGUCCCAGGAGGGAAAAUGACAGUAAUAUUUCAGUAAAGAAUGCUACACCACAAUUUACAAAUAAAUUCAUAAUGAACAGGCUACAAGACUAAACAUUACAGGACUGUACAAAAAUGUACAAUAAACAUCUCUCAAGCAGAGAAACAAAAUAAGUGUUACUUAAAUUUGUGUCUGCUCAAAAAUGAAACAACAGCAUAUGUUCCACUAUUGCAAAAAAAAAAAAAAAAAUCACCAUAAGACUUUUUGAGGAUCACAGAUGAACUGACUAAAAAACAAUUUAUACAAUGAACAAGACAAAAUUUUUAAAUGAUAUGAUUUUAAACUUAACAAGCACACCACACAACAUUGGUGCAUUACAUUUAAUAAAUUCUGUGUACAUGAUGAGCUCAAGUAACAAAAUGUGAUGCAAUCCAGUUCUAGAGUUUGUCAAAUGCUGCUUUGAUGGCACAAUUAUGGAAAUUAGCAGAAGAUAGCCAUAAGUAAUUUCUGUAGAGAUGCAAGUAGCUCAACAAAAUAGGUGCAUUGUAAAGUUUAAUAUUAAAUAAUAAUCUACUUUUUAAUAUACUCACAGCACUGAAGAUUGAAACUGCAAGCAGCAAAGGAGACAAGACAGCCCAAAAGGCAGACAAAAAAAAAAGGACAGUGAAAGAAUGCUAAUGCUUUGUAAGAAGUAUUUUCUCAGACUUCUGUUUCCCAUUUGUUAACGAAUGCAUGACACAUGGCAUAACUGAACAAUUAAGAAUGACAAAGGCUUCCUAUGUGUAUUUGAAUGACUAAAACAGAAAUUCUUAGUAGCAUGUUGGACUUCAAAAAUAAGGUGUUUAAUAAGUUUCAAUAAUACGCGUGCACGUGAAAAACAUUUGUGACAAAAUGGUUAUCUUAUAUUAUCAUGCUAGUGCAGUCACAAUUCAAAUACCUUUUCAACAUUUACACAAGCAGCAAACAAAUCAAACGAAAGGUUUUAAAAAUUUGUGAUGGCCUGAAAAAGCAUGCAAACAACCAGAGCAGGAUUGCAGUGUAGUUUUAUACUCAAAUAACCUAAAUCCUGCUAGGUCUAACUUGAGGAAAUACAAAAGCUUCUAUGCAUUAGGUAAACAUGUGAAAAAGGAAUAAGUGCUGAUAAAUAAAAUCAUACAAAUGAAAAUUCCCUUCUCUAUGCUCACUUCACCUUAAUCUAAAACAGCAACAGAACUUGCCACCAGCCUACUUGAAGAUUCAUGACCCUUUAAAAAAUUCUGUGUAAUUGUGAUUCUGUUUUAUUAAAGAGAUACAGAAACAGACAAACCUUAAACACUGUUAUUGUCUUGGAUUCUUCCUCUGAGGGGAAUCUAAAAAACUAAAACUCUCAAUAGAAAAGUACCUGCUGGCACAUUCAUAAAUAAAGUGAGAUCCCACUAGCUUUGUAAGAAUGUAUGCUGGUGUCUAAAACUUUAAAAAAGCAAAAUUCACAAAUUUGAAACAUUAAAAGGUGUAAAAAUCACCAUCAUGAAAAAAACUAGAAGCCCAAACAUGAACUAUACAUCUAUAAAAAGUUGGAUUCUGUAUCCAUUAACCAUCACAACUUUUAACUACAAUGAUUGUUAUUCAGCACUGUAUAUCAAAGAUAUUUUCUCGUUCAAAUACAUGGAUGGUCCAUCUAGUGGCACAAAUCUCACAUCCAUCACAGUAAAGUUUCCCAGGGACCACGGUAAAUGCCAAGAACCCUUUAUACAAUCAUAAUGACCUAAACAAUAGUCAUUAGUGCCUGUGUUACAAAUGCAAUUCAUUAUAUAGGGUUGGUUGGUUAUUUGCUUGCUGGUGCUUAACAGCAUGUCAGAAAGAGAGGCUGUAUAAUGGCAAGAAAUUAUCGACCAGCUACACAACCAAAAGCAUGAAUCUCCAAUCUCUCUAAAUUCUGUGUAAUGUGCAUUAUUGGUUACUGGGGUAGCACUGGGUAUAUUUGAUGCCUCUACCAAUCAAGUUUGCAAUAGUCUGAAAGUUAAGACUGUGGCCAGCUCUUGAUGCUCACAGUUUAAUUCUUUUUCUCAAAAAGUUAAGUAAUCUAAAUGCUAGACUGACUGAGCAUAAACUAUGAGGCAAUGCAUUCCACUUAGCAAAUUUCCAAAGUUGGUUCUGACUUCACAGUGUACAAGUUGCUUUAAUAUGGCCUUUGUUGCUGGCUGAUUCCCCACCCCCACCCCUACAAACACAUACCUUCCUUCAUCACAAUGUACAAAAGGGAAAUUUAUUUUAAUUUCCUACUUUCACAAAAAAAGUUAAUAUCUACAGUGGUAAAUGAAGAGGAUUUGGCACUCCACUCCCAUAAUCACCAGAAUUAAAAUACUUGUGCAUUUUACAGAAGAAAAAUCAAAGGGAACAUUACAGGACUAAGCAAAUAAUUGCUAUUAACGAAGGAUAGUCAGAGGGGGGAAAGAUGACACUAGAGAUUAAUACAACAGAAAUCUGUUAAAUAGUUGUCUUAUAUGCACUAAAGUAGUCAAAAAAUAGUCAGAAAACUUUUUGAGGCACUAACCUUCAAUCCCUUCCCCAAUUGCUGGGCCUGGCAACUAUAUCAGAGCAGCCAUUUGAACCAUUGUUUAUGCUUACAAUUUAAGUAGGGGUUUAAGUCUUCAAAAAAACGUCCCAUUCUAAUCAACCACUAAUAACAACUUGGAGAGAAGAAAAGCUGUUUGAAUUUUUCAAAUUAGACAUCAUGGGAAGAACUGAUUAGGCAACCCAAUGGCUAUCUCUAACAGCAGACCAGUUUUUCUACUUGUCAUAUCACCCUUUCAAAACUACCUUUUACCCAUUUCUCUGCCUCUCAAUUCAUCUUUGAUGUCACCUGGCUGUUGAAAAACAUCCCUUUCAGUUGCUUAAGAUUCAAAGCGCUUCUCUUGACUCUGGUUCAUGGCAGUCCCUUCACGUUUUAGGAUAGCAAUAGCCAACAGUCACAAGUGCUGAUGCUGAAGGCAAACUGAUUCAAAAUCUACACUCCUCUUCAUUCCAGCUACUUUUAGCUUUUUGACUACCCCACCCCGCUUUUUAAUCUUGAUCUUUUCCAUCUGCCUGUCUUUUUACUUGCACCCUCCCCUGCCUCACUGAAAUCCCACCAAUAAAAGAUUUUUUUUAACACACAACCAUAGUUCCGAUAUCAGCUGUCUAAAACUGCUGCUGCUACCUUUUUUUUAUGAAAGUAUGCUGCCCUGCAAAUAAGGUUCUGUGAAAUAUUGGGAAUGAGACUUCACAGUCAAGCGACUAAAAUGGAAAAUAAUGUGGAAUAAGGGCGGAGAAUCCCUCAACUGCAAAGUCGACCCCAAAUGGGUACAACCAUGGAUUUUAACAGAUCUGGAAAAAUGGAUUAGUGGUUAUUUCGCUGACGUUAGGGCGUAAUCCUGCAGGAUGAAUUUAAGAACUUGAAGGCCUCACCUGCAAAAAUCUAAAUGUAAUGACCUGUAACAUCCUAUGAACCCUGCACUAUUUUUUCUCUGAAAGUUGUUCCCGAUUACAGAGGUUUAAUAGUUCGCUAUAUAUGACCUUAGUUUUUUUUUUUUUUUUUUUGGCAAGACAUGAAAA